CAUCCUAUAGACGUCGUAAGCAACACAGAUAGUGAAACUUUCCGUGCCAUCGGAGGAUUUGACACAUCGGUAUAUAAGGUUAUCUGGUACCCGUCGAAAAGACCGCUAGGCUAACUGCAUCUCGCGAGGAGGGGGGGAGACAUAAAGAAAAAAAAAAGCCGUGGAACCAGUUGAGCUACACCUGCGGGGAGAGAGAGGCGCACCUUGCCCCCUCCUCUCAUCUUACUUGCCGCCAUUGAGGAUAGCGUCGUGGAAGACUUGAAGCAUGUGGCCACGUCUCCACCCGUGAAACCAUGGUUUGGGGAAUAUUAUCGAUCUUGUUCCUGAUCCUGGGGACGGCGAGGACGCAACAACAGGGUGGCCAGCUGAGUUGCCAGGACGGCUGGUCCCAGGAUGGCGUGUACUGCUACAAGUUCUUCAGCAAACAGCACUCCUGGAAGAGGGCAGAGGACGUGUGCCGCAGGUACGGCAGCCAAUUAGCUUUAAUAUUAAAUUACAACCAAAACAACUUCACAAGAAGCCUCGCAGCUGCAGGACUCAAGGAUGUGCCUCAGAGUGCCUACUGGAUAGGCCUCACGUCCGUAGAUGACCUGUCGACAAAUACGCUCGAGUCUUCGAGUGGCUAUUUUAUACCAAAGUAUGUGGGCUACUGGGCCCUCGAGCAGCCAGAACCCAAGGAUGGCCAAUGUGUGCAGGCCAGGAUACGAGAACGCACGCAGGAGUGGGCUCUGGCUCCCUGCGAGCAGCUCCUGCCCUUCAUCUGCCAAGUACCUGCUUGUCCAGAAGGUUCUUUCCUGUGCAGCAAUGGCAAAUGCAUGAACAAAAAAUGGAUGUGCGACGGACAGGACGACUGCGGAGACGAGUCGGACGAGAUGAACUGCCCUGGAUCCUGCCACUUCUACAUGCAAAGCUCAGGAGAUUCGAUUCAGUCACCAAACUACCCCGGCAAGUACGACCCCAACCUGGAUUGCAAGUGGACAUUAGAAGGACCCCUAGGCACUGGAAUAGUACUCCAAUUUUCAGAGUUUGAGACAGAGGCCAAUUUCGACACUGUACAAGUUUUGUCCGGCGGACGGACGGAAGAGUCGAGCGUCUCUCUGGUGACCCUCUCUGGAAAGCAUGACCUCAACUCAAGGUCCUUCACGACCGCUUCCAACCUCAUGAUCAUCAAGUUCAGGACAGAUGCGUCGGCCGAGAAGAGAGGCUUCCGAGCCAGCUGGAAGACUGAGCCCAUCAAGUGCGGAGGAGAACUGUUUGCUCAGCCGAGCGCUCAGGUGCUCAACUCUCCCAUGUACCCCGAACCUUAUCCCGGUGGCCUGGAAUGUCUAUGGCUCAUCACCGCACCUCAAAGCAAGAUCAUCUCGUUAGAGAUUGUUGACCUGGACUUGGAGCCUGCCAAGGACUCCAUCCUGGUCCGCGACGGUGCCCUUCCUUCCGAUCCCAUGCUCAACGUUCUCACGGGACCUCUGGGAGACAACCCUCAGUUCAUCAUGUCAACGAGCAACCACCUCUACCUCUACUUCCGCACCAGCUUCGGAGACAGCCGCAGGGGCUUCUCCAUCAGGUUCCGAUCGGGGUGCGAAGUGGACAUCGCAUCCUCGUCGGGCAACAUCUCUUCUCCGGCUUUUGGCAUUGCGAAGUACCCUCCCAACCAGGUGUGCGCUUACCGCAUCACCAGGCCCGGCGGAGGAUCGGUGUCCCUCAAGUUCCACAAGUUUGCUGUUGCUGCGGAUGAUUUCGUUCAGAUCUACGACGGCCCAGACAUGCGUAGUGGAAUUCGCCUGCACCCAAACAAGGGUUACACGGGAACAAAUCGCCCUAGUCUGACGCUGACAGCGAGCAGCGGACACAUGUUUGUCCUCUUCAGCAGCAACCCGCUAAACACGGCGGCCGGUUGGUUGGCUCGCUUCAGCGCAGACUGUCCCUUGCUGAGUGUUGGAGACGGAGCGCUCGCUUCCAGCAGGGAGACCACCUUCGGUGCCAAGGUUACCUACACGUGCCCUGCAGGACAAGAGUUCAGCAAUGGAAUGACAAAGAUUGUCGCUGAAUGCAUGCCAGGAGGUCAGUGGAGUGUCAACUCCAUUCCCAGGUGCCAAGAACGCUACUGCGGACCGGUGCCACAGAUCAACAGCGGCUUUGCCGUGGGAGCCACAAACGUGACGUACCGAGGCCAGGCAACUUACCAGUGCUACGCUGGCUUCGCGUUCACGGGCGGGUAUCCCACCCAGAGUAUCCGCUGUAACGAGGAGGGCCAGUGGGUCAACCUGCCCACGUGCCUGGCGUCCUCCUGUCCACCUCUUCCGGAGGCUCCCCACACGGUGCAGACCAUCCUCAACGGAGGAGGCAAGAGCUACGGCACAGUCGUCCGCUUCGAGUGCGAGCCAGGUUACCACAGAACGGGAUACCCGGUUGUCGUCUGCAAGAGCGACGGACAGUGGUCCGAUCCUCCUCCCACCUGCAAGAGAGCCCAGUGCCUUGACCUGCCCACCAUAGAGAACGGAUAUGUGCUGGACUCGAGAAAGGUCUAUUUCUUUGGAGAUGAGGCAAAGGUUCAGUGCCAUCGAGGCUACAGGCUUGAGGGCAACUCGGUAAUAACAUGCGGGACAAACCACACAUUCUCUGCUGCCCCGACAUGCACCGAUAUCAAUGAGUGUUCUUCGUCGUCUGCGUGUGACUCCGCGUCGACCGUUUGUACCAACACACCUGGUGGCUUCUUCUGCAAGUGCAAGAAGGGCUUUGAACCAAACCUUGACUGCAGACCUGUCGGAGACCUCGGCUUAAGCAAUGGAGCUAUUCCGGACACCAACAUCAAAGUUUCUGGCACCGAGGGUGGAUACCACAAGAAUAACGUCCGCCUGGAUGGGCCACGUGGCUGGUGCGGAAAUGUUCCACUGUCGGGAGAGAACUGGGUCCAGCUGGACCUGAGCGCUCCGACCGUCGUGCGCGGUUUCCGCACCCAGACUGUGACACGCGAAGAUGGAUCACAGGCAUUCCCCUUGAGUGUGCGCAUCCAAUACACGGACGACCUCACCGACAUCUUCAGAGAUUUCUCGGAUCCAACGGGACGGGCCCUCGAGUUUAGACUGACGCCCAAUGGAGGAUCAGGCCUGGCUGUGGUGAAUCUUCCACUUCCUUUCGAAGCUCGCUACGUGAGGGUCCUUCUCAUGGAAUAUGUUGGAGCGCCCUGCAUGAGACUCGAGCUCAUGGGCUGUUCUCGUCAGGACUGCCUUGAUGUCAACGAAUGCGUCAACAAAAAUGGCGGAUGCGACCAACGGUGCAUCAACAGCCCUGGCAGUUUCAACUGUCUCUGCAACGUUGGCUAUGACCUGUACACAUCCAACGGAACCAACGGGUUUCCCGUUGCAGCGGGUGAAACGGGCACAAGAGAUGGCGAUGCUUAUCGAGUAAACAAGACCUGUGUCCCUAAGAUGUGCCCGACACUCGAGAGUCCCCAAGAUGGCGUGCUGCUCUCAACCAAGGAGCUAUACCACUAUGGUGAUGUGGUCCACUUCCGAUGCAACUUUGGUUACGUCAUGAUUGGGAGCGAGACCCUCAGCUGCACCACAGGGGGAAGCUGGAACGGCACAGCUCCCACAUGUAAAGUUGCUACCUGUUCGGUGAUGGAGGAUGAUCUGACACAAGGACUGGCUGUCAGAUCCAACGUGGGAAAUGAACUGGUGUCGUUCCAGGAAAAUGUCACCGUAUCAUGUACCGAAGUGGGACGUCCCCUUAGACAGACCGCCACCGCUUCGUUCCGUCAGUGCGUGUACAGCCCCACUGAGGGACGUUCUGACUACUGGCUUGCUGGGGAACAUCCAUCGUGCCAAAGAACUGACUGUGGGCCACCACCAGACACAAUAGGAGCCACGUAUGGAUUCCAUGUUGACACGAAGUAUAGGGCCAGCUUCUUUUUUGGCUGUGAGGACACCUUUACGUUGGUUGGAAAAACGAGGCUGAACGACAAUGUCAUUCGAUGCCAGGAGGAUGGAACGUGGGACUUUGGAGACCUGAGAUGCGAAGGUCCCGUCUGUGAAGACCCUGGAAGGCCCCCGGACGGCUACCAGGUGGCCACGAGCUUCGAGCAAGGAUCGGAGGUGUUCUUCUCGUGCGAUAAGCCCGGUUACGUCCCUUACAGCACCGAUCCGAUCACGUGUGUCAAGAACGCCGACUGCAAGGUCGUCAGGCCUCUGGGUCUCACAUCUGGUGCCAUUCCCGACAGUGCCAUUAAUGCUACUUCGCACCGAAGCAACUACGAGCCAAAGAACAUUCGCCUGAACAGUGCCACAGGAUGGUGUGGACAGCAGGAGGCAUUUACAUACGUCACCGUCGACCUGAGAAAAGUGUACCACGUCAAGGCACUCCUCGUCAAGGGUGUUGUCACAAAUGACGUUGUGGGACGCCCCACGGAACUGCGCUUCUUCUACAAGACACGGGAGAAUGAGAAUUUUGUGGUCUACUUCCCCAACUUCAACCUGACAAGUCGAGAGUCUGGUAACUACGGAGAGUUGACGGUGAUACAGCUGCCGUUGAGUGUUCGUGCACGCUACAUCAUUCUGGGCAUUGUGUCCUACACUAAAAACCCGUGCCUUAAGUUUGAACUGAUGGGCUGUGAGGACAGCGAGGAGGAAGUCCUUCUGGGAUACGACAACGGAUAUCCAGUCUGUGUUGACAAGGAACCACCAACUUUCCUCAAUUGCCCCACGCAACCCAUUGUUGUCGACAGAGCACCUUCGUUCCCUGUUAACUUCACCGUCCCCAAGGCAGUCGAUAACUCUGGGCGAAUCGCGCGCUUCGAGGUGCGACCCCUGGGAUUCCGGCCACCUGCAGUUAUCUUUGAAGACACCGUCGUCGAAUAUGUGGCGUACGACUUCGACGGUAACGUCGCGGUCUGCACGGUUAACAUCACGGUACCAGACUACACACCGCCAUCGCUGACGUGUCCGCAGUCGUACGUCGUAGAGCUGACUGAGAGACAGGAGAGCUACCUGGUCAACUUUAACGAGACGCGUCGCUUCAUUAACGCCACGGACAAAUCGGGAGACGUGGCCAUCACCCUGACCCCCGAGAGUGCCAUCAUACCGACGGGCGGCUACCGCAACGUCACUGUUACCGGGACGGACAGAUUUGGCAACCAGGCCUUCUGCUAUUUUCAGGUGUCAGUGCAGGCGACGACAUGCGUGGCCUGGUCCUUGGCUCCCCCAGCCAACGGGGUAGUCAACUGUCUUCCCAACGAGGAGAACACGGGAUUCCGGUGCCUGGCCACAUGCAAUACGGGUUUCAAAUUUACUGAUGGCACACAGGCAAAGACUUAUGAAUGUGCCAAUAAAGAGCCCUGGAGUCCCAGCUCCAUAAUCCCAGAUUGUGUACCUGAAGAUACCAACCAAGCCGCUUACGAUGUUGUUGCGUCCGUGGACUAUCGUGCGGGCGGAGCCCUUUCUCCGGUGUGCCUCAACCACUAUCUCAACCACGUCGCGACGUAUUACGGUUCGCUCAAUCAAGUGCUCUCCGACCGCUGUUCAGCGAUCAACGUCCAGAUGGACAUCUCCUUCCACAACACCAGCGUCCGAUCCCGAAGCGAGAACGAAAUUACGAUGGAUUACACGUUACGCGUUGUGCCGGUCGUGAGACAGAGGCUGCUGUAUGACCUGUGCGGAUCGACGCUGGGCCUCAUCUUUGACCUGAGUGUGCCCAGCACCUCCGCUGUGAUUGAGCCCAUCCUCAACAUCAGUGCGCAGAAAGUGGGAGGCCAGUGCCCCACCAUCCAGGCAACACGAUCUACCGUCGACCGUGGUUUCAACUGUGAGCAGGGAGAAGUUCUCAACCAGGAUGGCAACGGGAAAGUGCCUCGCUGUCUUCACUGCCCCGCUGGAACCUUUGCAUCGAAGGACGAAAAAUGCACCUUCUGCAACCGAGGAUUCUACCAGGAUCUGACAAGACAAUCAUCCUGCAAACGCUGCCCAGAAGGGACUUACACUAGGCAGGAAGGCAGCAAGAGCUUGACAGAGUGCAUUCCCCUGUGCGGAUUUGGCACUUACUCCCCUACUGGAGUGGUUCCGUGUCUGCAGUGCCCCAGCAACACUUUUGCUGGCAACCCGCCUGUUGACGGGUUCAAGGAGUGCCAGCGUUGUCCGGCAAACACUUUCACCUACACCCCAGGGGCUGAUUCCAUUAACUCGUGCAAGCCACGGUGUCCCCCAGGAACUUACUCGGAGACUGGACUGGAACCCUGUGCGCCGUGCCCAGUUAACUUCUACCAGCCCCAGGAUGGACAGACAGGGUGCUUGCAGUGCGCCCCAAAUCAAAGAACCUCCAGGCCAGGAGCACUCAGUCCUGAAGCCUGCUCUCCAGUUCAGUGCAACCCCAGCAUUUGCAAGAACGGAGGCCUCUGCGUUGCGCAGAACCACGAAGCCGUGUGCUAUUGUCCAGCUGGAUUCACCGGAGAUUUCUGCGAGACAGACAUGAACGAGUGCGAAAGUGCACCGUGCUACAACGGUGGAACUUGCGUUGACCACCCACAAAGCUACACUUGCAAGUGUCCAAAAGGCUACAGCGGCCUGCAGUGUCAGCACGAGAAGAGCGACUGCCUCAACAACACCUGUCCCGAGAGAGCGAUGUGUCAGGACGCGCGGGGCGUGGGCAACGUCAACUGCCUUUGCCGUUCGGGAUACGAAGGCCCCAGCUGCAACAUCACGGUCAACCCCUGUUCCGUAGGGGAGAAUCCCUGCAACAACGGCGGCCUGUGCGUGCCCCUGCUUCAGGGACGUUACAAGUGCCAGUGUCCACAUGGAUGGGAUGGGCCGACUUGCCAGAUCAACAUUGACGACUGCGCCGAAAACCCUUGUCUCCUGGGUGCCAAGUGCACCGACCUCGUCAACGACUUCAGCUGCGACUGUCCUUCGGGAUUUACUGGCAAGAGGUGUCACCUGAAAGUGGAUCUGUGCGGCAGCAACCCCUGUGUGCACGGCCUGUGCGUCGACCGUCUCUUCUAUAGUGAAUGCAUCUGCGAACCAGGCUGGGAGGGUUCCACUUGCAACAUCAACGUGGAUAGCUGUGCCAGCUCUCCCUGUGUGAAUGGUGGUGUGUGCAUCGAUACGGUGGAAGGCUUCCGGUGUCAGUGCGACACUGGAUACACCGGCUCGCGUUGCCAGCACACCAUCGACGACUGUGAGAGCUCGCCGUGCCAGAACGGCGGCACGUGCUUCGACCAGAUAGAAGGAUUUGUGUGUCAGUGCCGACCAGGGUAUGUUGGGUUGCAGUGUGAGGCAGAGGUGGAUGAGUGCAUCAGCAGCCCCUGUUAUCCGACGGGCACUGAAAGGUGUCUCGACCGGGACAAUUCCUACGAGUGCAUCUGCAAUCCCGGCUACACUGGAGAGCACUGCCAGGUUAAUAUCAACGAGUGCGAUUCAAGUCCCUGCCUGAACGACGGCAAGUGCACAGAUUCAGUCAACGGCUUCAAGUGCUACUGUCAGCCAGGUUGGACGGGAGACCGCUGCGAGGUUGACAUCGGAGGCUGCCACUCCGACCCUUGCCUCAAUGACGCACGCUGCAUCGACCUAUUCGAAGACUACUUCUGCGUGUGCCCUUCUGGUACGGACGGAAAACGUUGCCAGACGUCGCCGGAACGUUGCAUUGGCAACCCCUGCCUCAAUGGCGGAACCUGCAGAGACUUCGGCAGUGGCCUCAACUGUUCCUGCCAGGCAGGUCUGGCUGGACAGGGAUGCCAGUACGAACAGACAGCAUGUUCGGACAUCUGCCUCAAUGGUGCCACCUGUCACAAUGUGGGCGGUGUCACUCGCUGCAUAUGUCCCUCGGGCUUCACGGGGCAGCACUGCGAGUCUGACGUCCAGGACUGUACCCAGUCGUCGUGCCCACCAAGUGCCACUUGUGUAGACCUCACCAAUGGCUUCUACUGCAAAUGUCCCUUCAACUUGACAGGAGAGGACUGCCGCAAACCCAUCAAUCUUGACUACGAGCUGUACAUCAACGACGAGAGUCGCUCUUCAAGUGCCUCCCUGGCGACGUCCUUUGAGCUGGGCUCGACGAGCCUCACUGCUGCCAUGUGGAUUCAGUUCAACAGCCCUUCUGCCAUUGGCACUUUCUUCACCCUCUACAGUGUCGAGUCACCUUACCUUCCCGUGGGAAAACGGAAACUGAUCCACGCCGAUGACACGGGGGUCAUGGUGUCCCUGUUCCCCGAACUGACGUCCGAUAUCUACAUCCCUUACUUAGACAACGUCCCCAUCAAUGACGGACAGUGGCACCACCUGGUGAUCAUUUGGGACGGCAGACACGGCACCCUAACCCUCAUUACAGACACUGCAGUGGCCGGGAUGGUGACUGGAUACGUUCGAGAUCAGGAGCUGCCAGCUUUUGGUUGGGUGAGCCUUGGAGCACCUCUCAACGAGGAGGACAAGGCAACAGCCAAUGGAGGUUUCCAUGGCCGCAUCAGCAGAGUCAACGUGUGGAACCGGCCCCUGGAUUUCACUUCGGAGAUCCCCCACCAAUUCCGCAGUUGCAAGAAUGCCCCAGUUUUAUUUGACGGAUUACUGCUUCGCUGGACAGGUUAUGACAGGGUGGACGGCACUGUGGAACGCCAGGGACCAGGGAAGUGCGGAGAGCGUGUCUGCGGUGUUGGAUUCACGGGAGACGAAUGUCGCGUCCGGCAUCAGGAUAAAACUCCCCCGAAGACUGUGUACUGCCCCCCAGACAUGUGGGUGGUCACACCGAACAGCUCCGUCGUUCUGCAGUGGGAAGAGCCGCAUUUCUCUGACGACUAUGGAUCCCUGAGGGUGCACGAACGCAAUGGCAUUCGUACAGGUCAGGCAUUCAUGAAGGGCACCUACGACCUGUCCUACGUCGCUCUGGAUGAAGCCGGAAAUACAGCUCAAUGUGACUUCAGAAUACACAUCUUGAACGAGUUCUGUCCCCUGCCGGCCCCUCCCAUUGGUGGACAACGUCACUGCUCUGACUGGGGCCCAGGCAGUCGCUUCAAAAUGUGCACCAUUAGCUGCGAGGAAGGCCACGAAUUCUCCACUCCCAUCCCAAAGUUUUACGUGUGUGGAGCGGAAGGCUUCUGGCGUCCCAGCGAACGGCCAGGAGAGGCUCUCAUCUUCCCCGCUUGUUCACCCAAGAGGCCAGCACAACGCAUCUUCCGCCUGUCCAUGAACUUCCCGUCUUCCGUCGUCUGCUCGGACUCCGGAAAAAAGAUCCUGCACUCUCGCAUCAUGGAGAGCCUUCUGCAGGUGAACCGCAACUGGCGCAUCUGCGUCGACCAGUCUCCCGGCGCGUGCAACGGCAUUCAAGUCCAGGUGUCCUGCAACAAACGUCCACGCCUGGUGCGUCGACAGCUGGACGACUCGGACGUGUACACUGUCCAAGUGUCCUUCCCUGCUCAGAACGAUCCUGUCGCCAACGUCCACACGCAGGAAAAGUCGACGGUGAAGAAAAUCGUGGAGAUGGCGGUGCUGCAACAGUCGGCAUUCGACGUACGCGACACACUGCCCAACGUGAGCCCAGACUUGACCUCGCUCGACAUGGUGACAGAUUAUGCGUGCCCCUCCGGUGAGGUGGUCGUGCCACCCUUCUGCGUGAAAUGCGCGUUAGGCACCACAUACAACAACGUGACACGUAGCUGUCAGCCGUGCCCAGUGGGCUUCUACCAGAAUGACGUGGGCCAGUUAGCUUGCAAGCCGUGCCCAUCCAUUGCGGGCAAGCAAGGCGUCACCUCGGCAGCCGGAGCACGCUCUGCUGCACAAUGCAAGGAGCGCUGCUCCGCUGGAAAGUAUUUCGACGAGUCCUUGGGUCUGUGCCGAUCCUGCGGCUACGGCAUGUACCAGCCGCAGGAGGGAGCCUUCUCCUGCCUGUCCUGCGGUUCAGGCUUCACCACGCGCACGAACGAGGCUGUCUCCGUGCAGGAGUGUCGAGAGGAGUGCGCCGCUGGGCUACAGCUGUCCCUCAACGGCCAGUGUGACCCGUGCCCCAGAGGACUCUACAGGAUGCGGGGCAUGGCCGCCUGCAACCAGUGCCCCUCUGGAAGCACAACUGCGAACUUUGGAUCCACCAGCAUCGAGCAGUGCACCCUUGAGGUGUGCCGCGUUGGACAUUACCUCAACGGCACAAGAGACGCGUGCGAGCCCUGCCCAAGGGGUACAUACCAGGACGAAGAGCAACGCGAUGCCCAGUGCAAGGCCUGCCCGUCGGACACCACUACUGAGAAAGAGGGAGCAACGAGUCGCUCCCAGUGCUCGGACCCCUGCGUGGUCAACGGGGAACGUCGCGUCUGCCAGGAGCAUGCAUUCUGUGUCUUCUUGGAAGAACGACAGGAUUUUGCCUGCCAGUGCAUGCCCCGCUUCAAGCUCAACAAUGACACGGACGAAUGUAUCAACGUGUGCGAGGACUACUGCGAGAACGGAGGCAAGUGCGAGAUUGCGCAGGACACGAGCCUGCCCAGGUGCGCUUGCCAGGGUAAUUUCUACGGUGAACGGUGCGAGAACAAGUCCGACUUUGUCUACAUCGUGGGCGGCAUUGCGGGAGCGGUCAUCUUCAUCAUACUCAUCGUUCUUCUCAUCUGGAUGAUCUGCGUCAGAACUUCGUGGAAGAACAAGCCAAAGAAGCUGCCUCAGCCGCCCCCAGCAAUCGAGGGGUCACAGUCAAACUUUUACUACGGUGCCCCCUACGCCGAAAGCAUAGCUCCUUCUCACCACAGCACUUACGCCCACUACUACGAUGAUGAUGAUGACGGGUGGGAGAUGCCAAACUUCUACAACGAGACCUACAUGAAAGACGGACUUCAUAAUGCUAAAAGUGGAGGAACUCUGGGACACAGCAAUGCAAGCAUUUAUGGAACGAAAGAAGACCUGUAUGACAGGUUACGUCGCCAUCAGUAUCAGGGAAACAAAAAAGAUACCAGUGACAGUGAAGACCAAGGCCAAUAGAAGCUCAAAGUUAACUUACUCAUAUUGUGGAAAGAGGUGUACAUAACCAGUGCCAAUGCUCUUGGUUUCUGUAUAUACUGUGAUAAAGGUUCUGCACAAAUGCUAGCCAUACGAGUAUAACGUCUGUUCUAACGAACCUGUGAAAAGAAAGCAUUUCGGCCACAAAAUAUGUAGUUGUUGAUGCAACGCAGAAGAAUAAUACCAGCCCCUUGUUUUCAUUAUAUUGUACAGUAUGUCAGAUGCUAUUUAAUGGUUUCCAUUUGAAUAAAAUAAUUGUUCCCAA